AGCAGUGAGUGGAAUAGCGUGCUGUUGUCUCUUUGGUGUGGCAUGUGACUUCUGUUCAUAGCACAUGAAGCGGAUGAAAAUCAUCCCUAUGUCCUCCAAUAUCCUCUCUUGUGACUCUUAAAGACAGCCAACCCCAAAAAGCAUUCUGUACAUUAGUCAUAUAUGCCAGUAUGUUAUUCAUAAUGGUAGUGAUUCCUCUAUGAAGAACUAGACUUUCAGAGACGGCCCAGCUGGACCAGAUGUAAGCAACUACACGUUGAAUAUAGAAGAUCACGUUAUUUAUCAAUUUAUUAAUCAAUUAACCGAUUCACCAAUUCAUUAAUAUGGGCCAAUAUUCAGGUAAGGUUUGCACAGGCUUGAACACAUGAAGGGGUGAAUUUUCUGCAGAAUGACCCCAUGCUGGAAGCUGCUGAUAAUCUGUCCUUCAUUCCACAAUCACAGCCCUACAGUCUGUUUACAUAACGAUAAAGAUAAACGCAUCAUCACUGCCAUUUUUACAGGCUAAAGUGAGCAAUAAUGAAAGCAGGUAUCUGGAGUUUUCCCACCUGCCAGCAGGGGUAUGACCUUUAAACCCGGCGUGACCUUUGAACCCCUUUUAUCGUCGGUCUUUAAAGCGCUGGGCAGCGUGCCAUCUCGAAGCAUCUCCCCGCAGCCUUGGACAGAACAAGAGGGAUCGUUACGUUACCCCUGACUCCCUGCAUCCCAGAAAACAAGGCCGAGGUCCUCCACAGAUACCAUGGCUAGGCUUGCAUUGAUCACAGGCUUGGGCCUGGUGAUGUGUCUCAGUGCUGUGUCCUCCACCAAGAUGGCGUGCUACUUCACCAACUGGUCCCAGUACAGGCCCGGGACGGGGCGAUACCUGCCGGCCAACGUGGACCCGCACCUGUGCACCCACCUGAUCUACGCCUUCUCCAUCAUCAACUACGCCAACGAGCUGGUCACCUACGAGUGGAACGACGAGGCACUCUACAAGUCCUUCAACGGCCUGAAAGAGCGAAACCCUCGGCUGCAGACGCUCCUGGCAGUUGGAGGAUGGAACUUUGGAACAAGCCAGUUCACCAUCAUGGUGUCCUCAGCAGCCAACAGGCAGACGUUCAUCCAGUCCUCCAUCAAGUUCCUCCGGACGCACGGCUUCGACGGGCUGGACCUGGACUGGGAGUACCCCGGAGCUCGAGGGAGCCCCCCAGAGGACAAGCAGAGGUUCACAGUGCUGUGCAAGGAGCUGACGGAGGCGUUUGAGGUGGAGGGGCGCGAGUCGGGCCGUCCCAGGCUGCUCCUCUCGGCAGCGGUGGCCGCCGGCAAGGGGAACAUCGACGGCGGCUACGAAAUUGCCGAAGUCUCUCAACACCUGGACUUCAUCAACGUGAUGACCUACGACUUCCACGGCGCCUGGGACAGCUUCACCGGACACAACAGCCCCCUGUACGGGAGCGCCACGGACGAGGGCGAGCACGUGUACUUCAACACGGACUUUGCCAUGCGGUACUGGCGGGACCAGGGCACGCCAGCGGAGAAGCUGCUGAUGGGCUUUGCCACGUACGGCCGCACCUUCCGCCUGACGUCCGCCGAUCACGUGGUGGGGGCCCCGGCCAGCGGCGCGGCCCCCGCCGGGCCCUACACCCGGGAGGCCGGCUUCUGGUCCUACUACGAGAUCUGUAAUUUCCUCCGCGGAGCUACAGUGCAGUGGCUGACGGAUCAGAAGGUUCCCUACGCCACGAAAGGAAACGAAUGGGUGGGCUUCGACAGCAAAGAGAGCUACGAGAUUAAGGUUCGUUACCUGAAGGACAAUAAGUUUGGCGGGGCCUUCGUUUGGGCACUGGACCUGGACGACUUCUCUGGACAGUACUGCGGUGGAGAACGUUAUCCUCUGAUGAACUACCUGCGUACCCUGCUCAAUACAGAUUUGCCCCCCCUGCCCCCUACGAUCAAGCCAACUGGGGAGGCUGCGACAACCACCACCACCGCCGCCGCCCCCACCACCACCACCACGACCAGCCCUCCCAACAUGCCCGGAGAAGGGUUCUGUGCCAACCAGCACGAUGGCCUGUAUGCCGCCGAGCAUGAUCCCAACGCCUUCUACCAGUGCUUCAACGGCCACACCUACGUGCAGAAGUGCAACACCGACCUCAUCUUCAACGACAGCUGCAAGUGCUGUGACUGGAAAUAACUACCCCCCCCCCCCCCCCCCCGA